CCUGCCUUCCGUCCGAAGACCGCUGGGAUAGGCUCCAGCACACCACCACCCCCGCCGCGCCCCCCGACCCUGAGGGAGAAGCGGCUUAGGAAAUGGAUGGAUGGAUGGAUGGAUGUUAAAAUUUGAUUCAUACUAGUGCCUCAAUUCCCAAUGACUGACCACAGUUCCUUUGUCCUACUCAAUACCGGGGCUCAUAUGCCACUGUUAGGCUUGGGCACAUACCGUCUGCGUGGUCCUGAGGACACCUACCAGGCUGUGGAUGCUGCCUUAACAGCAGGUUACCGAGCCUUUGAUACAGCAGCAGUCUACCGCAAUGAAGCAGACCUUGGCCAGGCCCUUCACACCUUGUUGCCCAAACAUGGGCUUUCACGAGCAGAUGUGUUCAUAACCAGCAAACUGAGUCCAAAAGACCAGGGUGCCAAAGCCAGAGAUGGCUGUCUGAGGAGCCUGGAGCAGCUGGGGCUGGACUAUAUUGACCUGUAUCUUAUUCACUGGCCUGGUACUCAGGGUGUAGCUGUGGGGGAUAAGCGAAACCCUAAGAACCGUUCUCAGAGCUGGGCAACCUUGGAGGACUUCCACAUGGAGGGAAAGUUCAAGGCCAUCGGAGUCUCAAAUUACACUGUGAAGCACAUGCAGGAGCUCCUGAAGGCCUGCAGAGUCGUCCCGGCUGUUCUACAGGUGGAGUUUCACCCGAGGUACGCUCAGAAGGAGCUUAGGGCUUUGUGUGAGGAGAGUGGGGUUUGUUUCCAAGCGUACUCCUCGCUGGGCACCGGGGUACUCCUCACUGACCCUGUUGUUCAGGAGGUAGCAGAAAGAUGUGGCAGAACUCCAGCUCAGGUGCUUCUGAGGUGGGCUUUGCAGCAGAAUGUGCCUGUGCUGCCAAAAUCUGCCAAGCCUGACCGGGUGCAGGACAAUGUCCGUUUGUUUGACUUUGAGCUCAGUGACAGCAACAUGGCAAGGCUUUCUUCUCUGGACUGUGGGGAAAAGUUCUGCUGGGACCCCUCACUGGUGAUUUAGAACAUCUACUGGCUGCUCUUCAGUGCCAAAACCCUGGAUGAUACCUCUGACAUGUGACUUUCAGAUUGCUUUAUCAAAAAAUAGUUAAUCAUUUUUAAUGUUUGAGAGAUUAAAAUGAUCUGCCUUCUGAAGGGGAAAUCAAAAGAAUUUUGAAGAGGAUAAUUUUAAUAAUUUAAGAUGUUUUUUCCUAAUGCUUAAGUAUAGUUUAAGAUAAUGGCACAGUGAGGUCAAUACAGUAAAAGUUAAUCUAUAGAGUAAAGAUAAACAUGUAGAACUAGUUUCACAGACCCAUAUUAAGCCAAAUUCUAGCCUAAAAUAAAUACCCAAUAGUGAGUAACCAUUAACACUGCAAUUUACUUCAGAACAAGGCUGAACUCAUGUCUGGGAAACUGGAUUGAUGUAUUAUGACAUUUUUAUCUUUGUGUGUAACAUGUACAGAUAUGACUGGUAACCUUUGCUCUCACUGCAAUGUUCAUGAUCUCAGUUGUCUUAUGCCUCAAUGUUUGUAUGAAAGAUCACAUAUGCCAAUAUGAAUGUGGACCCCCGCCCCCGUUCAAUAUCUAUAAACAAAUUUCUGGGUGCUUGUUGGUGUGAAAGACUGGCCGAAAGAAAACAGGCACUUUCACUUCUUUAGAUAAAGUUUUUUUAAUUUUUAGAAUGUAGUGGUAAUAAUAAUAAUAAAAGGCAUUUGAUAUUUACAUUUUCAAGUAAUACCAGUGAUGAUAGUAAGGCUCUUUUUUCCACUUGUUUUUAGCAACAUCACAGAAAGAGCCAUUUUAUAGCUCACAGAUAGUGGAAAAGAUUAAACGAGCACAAAAAUGUACAAAGUCCUUUUUAGAACUCUGUAAACAACCUAGAAAUAAAGUAUAAUGAUAGUCAAAAAAAAAAAAAAUCAAUAAAUCAAAAAUGUUCAUGCACAACACAAUAUACACAACAGGAAUCUUCACACUGAUGUUCAUUUGUUAAAAAUAAUUCCAUUAAAAUGGACAAUAAAAGGUAAA